AAAAACAAAAAACAAAAAACAAAAGAACCUCACAGCUAGACCAUACAUUUACAGCUUUGUCUCUUUUGUACAUUUUAAGGCCUUCCACCUCAUACCAAGUCUAUGAAGUAAAGAAAAAUCUUCAAGCUCAUGCUAAAAAAGGAAAUUUACUUUAAGCAAAACAGCAAAAAAACCAGACCACACCCUUUUUAGCCUGUUUGCUUUUUCAGCAAGUUCAAAACUGGACGAUAGUUUCAAUUAUUCUGUAUGUUUGUUGUUUGGUCAAAGGGACGACUUCUGGGACUCUGGGAGGGGUUCUGGUCCUAUGGUCAGAAGUCUCUCUCUCUAACAGACUAUAGAAAUCCAGUUCGUGUAGCUGAGGGGCGAAAAUAAAGAGAAAAGAAAAACAAGGCAAUUCCAGCCUCCGGACACCCUAAUCUGAUCAGGACUGGAAUUCUUGAUCUCUGUUCUCGGUCUGUUGGCCUCACUUUCUCCUUAGGAAGCUUCCUCCGCAGUGGGGCGGAAUUAUCAUCACAGUUUAAAGACCUCAGGGGCAGGAGAGCUUUCCCAGCUGCCGGGUGAGAAGCCUUAGACCACAUCAGGGCUCCUGGCAGCCUCUGGUGCCCCCAUGUGGCCAGAGGGAUUCGGCCACUUCAGAAACCACCGGGGCUUGAGCGUAGGUAGUUACCAGCAAAUGCUUGGACCAUGGUUUAGGCAGAGGUGACCCAGUUCCAGUACAUCUGUCCUUCACGGCUGAAACUUCCGUUAAAGGGAAGAAUCUGCUGCAACCAAACUACACUCUGAGCCAGGUGUCAGGGAGUAUGUACGGGGGAGGGUGAGACAGGGGGAUGGUGAGUUUGAAGCCAACCUGAGCUAUGGAUCAAGAGAUCCUUCAAAACAGAUUAAAAUAAAACAGCUGGACGCCUAAAUGACUUCAUGAUACCCCUGAUUCUCCCCCAGUUGAUCAUUUGUGGAUAACAGGAUUUCUUUUUAAGAUUCUUUUUAUCAUUGAACCCCUCCCCUGUGGGAAGGGGGGCAGAGGGUGACAUCAGUGUCUCUCUCAAUUGAGCUCCGCUCUACUUUUUGACCUAGAGCUCACUGUGAGCUAAACUGGUUAGCCAGCUAGCCGCAGGGACCUUCUGGUCUCUGCCUACACUAUCCUGAGAUUAUAGGCUCUGAUGAUAAAAUACUCCCCCCCCAAAUAUUAUCCCAUUUUACUAAUAUAAAUUGUUUCAGCAGCUACUUGGGGAAUUAAGGGAAAAUUCCUAUUUAUGCAUGUCUUCAUAGCUUUCAUUCAAGACACUAAAUACCUGGUUUUCUCUCAGUAUUUGGAGAAACAUGGGGGGAAGCCUAGGAGAAGAUGAACAUUCACUUUAUUAUAGAAAGAAAAAAACUCCUGACACUGUAAACCCUUCUCAUUACAAAGACAAUCAAAAUGAACACUGGCUGGGCUCUUAAAGAGGCCUGGAUAGAAUUAAAGGAUAUUGUUUCGUGUAGUUUUUUUUUUUUUAAUUCAGUUUCCACAAACCUUAAAAUAUUUGUACUGAAACUGAGCUGCUAAAUCCGUUACCCCAUAAAAAAAGGGCCUUUUCCUCCUGUUCUUUACUUAUUUUCCCAAGUUCUUCAAACAUUCGUUGACCUUUAAAAUAGGUGGGAAAGGACAGAUGUGAAGUAAGGAUUGGCCAUAAACCAAGAGCAGUGAAUCACCCACAGCCUUCUGAAUCCCGCCGUGGUAUGAACAGAAACAGGCAGGUUUGUCACAGCAACACGUGACAGGCGUUUCUGACCUCAGGUCUUCAGGAAUCGUUUCAUGAUUCCCAAAGGUCCCAAACAUCAAACUAGCCCGGGUGACAACUUGCCAGUCAAACAUGGCCUGUAAGACAGGAAAAAAAGGCCCGAUACCAAGGAGCAGACUGUCCAAGGGCACUCACUAGUGAAGGCAGCCUGCAGCAGGGUGACCAUGUAUACUCCACAAGUUUUCCGGGAAAAGCUUAAAACAUGAUGCUGAAGCAUCUUCUUCAGGAAAACACCAAAUGGCAGAUGCCAGACGCUGAAGCCGGUGCAGUGGGAGGACCCAGAAGACCUGGGGGCCCAGGAUUAGGAGGCAGUGGUCUUAGGGGCUACGGGGCUCGUAGAGGUAAAGCUGAAGACAAGGAGUGGAUCCCCGUCACCAAGCUGGGCCGCCUGGUUAAGGACAUGAAGAUCAGGUCCCUAAAGGAGAUCUACCUGUUCUCCCUUCCCAUUAAGGAAUCCGAGAUCAUUGACUUUUUCCUGGGCGCAUCCCUAAAGGAUGAGGUUCUAAAGAUCAUGCCAGUGCAGAAGCAGACUCGGGCUGGCCAGCGGACCAGGCUCAAGGCUUUGGUCGAUAUUGGGGACUACAACAGUCAUGUUGGUCUUGGUGUUAAGUGCUCCAAGGAAGUAGCCACUGCCAUCCGAGGGGCCAUCAUCUUGGCCAAUCUGUCCAUUGUCCCUGGGGGGAGAGGCUACUGGGGGAACAAGAUUGGCAAGCCCCACACUGUUCCGUGUGAAGUGACAGGCUGCUGUGGCUCUGUGUUGGUGCGCCUCAUCCCUGCCCCCAGAGGCACUGGCAUCGUCUCUGCUCCUGAGCCCAAGAAGCUACUGAUGAUGGCCAGUAUUGAUGACUGCUACACAUCAGCCAGGGGCUGCACUGCCACCCUGGGCACCUUUGCCAAGGCCACCUUUGAUGCCAUCUCCAAGACCUACAGCUACCUGACCCCCGACCUCUGGAAAGAGAUAGUGUUCACCAAGUCUCAUUAUCAGGAAUUCAUUGAGCAUCUUGUGAAAACCCACACCAGGGACUCUGUUCAGAGGACCCAGGCUCCAGCUGUGGCCACCAUAUAAGAAAAAAUUUAUUUAUACAAGAAAAAUAAAGUGAAUUAAAUCUGUUUUUUAAAAGAUGCUUAAAAGCCAGGUACACAUCAUUAAUCCCAGCACUUGGGAGACAAGAGGCAGACAGAUCCUCCUGGUCUAUAUACUGACUUUCAGGCCAGCCAAGGCUACAUAAUGAGACCCUGUCUCAAAAUAAAACAAAAAGCCACAUUGCUAAAGUAAAACUGGCAGGAAGAAACAACUCUAUUUCCUACAUCUUCAGAAAAGGGAGGGUCUGAGUAAAUUGCUGGAUUUAAUCUAAUUACAUUGUGGUGGACACCUUGUGCAGUUCUGGGAAUGUGGCAUUUCCAACUUGAUGUGUUUGUGCAGAGAACUAAGGCUCUCCUUUCGU